UGUCACGUUCCAUAAAAGAUUCGGACGAUGACUAUGAGCCAAAACCAACUAUUGGUCGUAUGCAGACUCGAAUGCUUACUGUACAAUCUGUGGUGCAUUCUCCGUUACGCCGCAGCAGCAGAAUAAAAAAGAAUAAAUAUUCACCAGGUUCUGAAAGUGAUAGUAGUAUGAGCAGUGUUCAAACAACUCAGAGUACUAGAAUACGAACAGCAGCUAUGGAUUCUACUACUUCGGAUACAAAAAGACUACGUACUAGAAAGAAUUCUGUUUCUUCAGAAAUUGAGAUUGACAUUGAUGUCCCACGAACACCUGGAAAACGGACUAAAAGACAAAGCUCAGGUUCUGCAAGUCUGGUUAGCACACCAACCAGAAUUAAUACUCGAGCAACCAGUAAGCGUUUUAUACGUGCUGGAUCCGAAGCAACCUCACCAUUGCCAGCAACUAGAAUCACACGUAGAACAAGAGCUAAGUCUACUGAGUUGGAAUCUUCGACUAAAAGUAAAAGCCGAUCUAGUUCACCAGCAAAAACUCAUAGACAAGCAUCUGUGUUGCCAUCAGGUUCCCAGAUUAAACAACAAAUUGAAUUGGAUGAUCGUAUACCUUAUAUACGAUUGGAUUCUACAAUAGUUGAAACUGAUGAAGUUUCGAAUUCCGGAAAUUCAGAUUCUUCGCCUCGUCAAUCAUUAUAUCAACGUUUACAUCAAAUUAAUAGAAAACUUCAAAGUAUGAUUAAAGAUGAAGUUGAAGAUCAUAGCAAUGAAAAGAUAGAGACUUCAACUGAUUUGUCAAAAUCAAGUGAAACACUUCAAUUGUCAGAGAAAAAAGAUGAAACACAAACCGAGGAUAUUACUGGAGAAACAGCAGAGAACACAGAGAAUACUUUCGAUGAGGUGCAAAAGAAGUUUGAAAAAACUCCAACAUCCAACAAGAGCACAAAUGAAGGAUUUUCUGCCCACUCUUCCCCAAAUGAUGAAAAUUUUGCAAAAGAAAACGCAGAAAUUGUUGAAAAUCUUUCAGAUAUAGAUAAAUCGUUACUCGACAUGCGUGAUACAACUAAAGAGACAGAAGUUAUGUCUAAAGAUUUAUCAGAUACUUCUAUUGAGGAGCAAAAAAGUGAUAAGGAAAAUCAUACCUUGAAUAUUAUUAGUGAUGUAGCAGAAAAAAUUAUGCAGUCUAAGGCAACACCUAAUAAAUCUUUUACUUCGCCUUCUAUGAAUAAAUCAUUAAAUGAGGAAACUAAAUCUAUGAAAAUAGAAAACUUAAAAAUAAUUGAUGGAGUUACUAACAAAGAUGAAAUAUCAAAAAUUGAAAAUGCAAAUACAUCUACUUACAAUGAGGAUGCAAUGGAAGUAAUCAACAAAUUAGAUAAAACUGAUAAAAAAGAAUGUACUGUUACAGAUGACAAAAAUUCUAACAAAAUUAAAUCAAAUAAAGUAGAUAAAACAUUGCGUUUAUCUGCAGAUCUAAUGUCAAAGCAAAUAAGUGAUAGUAACGAAAUAAAAUUAGUGUUAGAAAAACAAAGUCCGCAUCGAAAUGACAACGAGGUUUCGCCGAACGUAGCACACUCCAAGUCUAAUCAGUCAGUAAAUUUACAAAUUUCUGCUGACUCAGCUAUUGUAAUAGAUAAACAAUCAGCUUUAACUCAAGAUGAGAUAAUAGACAGUACCGAUUCUGUAGAACAGGAUCAGGAAAAUUUAUUGAAGUAUGAUACAGAAUCGACAUCUAAUAUUCUCUUGGAGACAAAUAAUUCUACACAUGAUGACUCGAAUGAUAUGAUAAUUCAAGAUAACCAAUUUACUGAUGUAACAAAAGCAUCUAAAAAAUCUACAAUGGAUAUAUUAUUCGACAAAACAGAUUCAAAAGAUGUUUUGUCAGAAAAAGUGAAACCAAAUUUAAAACGGAAGAGUACAGAUAAUUUGGAAGGAGAAAAAGAAAGUUUACAAACGGAAACAACUCGAAAAGAUCAAGAAACAGUGAAUAUCAGCGAUGAUAUUUCCGAUGAUGACGAUGCCGGCAUUAAUUUAUUCCAAGAUAUCCCUGCUGACAAAUGGAAGGAGAAAAAUGAUGUUAACAUUGAUUCAGUGCAGUCUACCUCCCAAUUAGUGGAAGAAGUGGAAAAUGAAAGUGAAGCUGAAAACUGUCUUAUUUUGAUAAACAAAAAGGCAUGGUUGGCGGCUGAAACAAUAAAAGCAGUAAAAGAAACGGAAUCUUUUGAAUACGAUUCCGAUGACACUGUAUUAUUAAAGAGUCGAUUAGACGCGUCACAAGCGAAUUGUGAUAUUGAAAAAUUAACCGCCAUAGAUGAACUUCCAUCAGAUACUGAUCUUAACAAAACAAACGAAAAACAAAUUAAAAAACAAAAAUCAAGAACUAUGAAAAGACUUGUGUCCGAAAUAGAUGAAGAUAUUUUUGAAUAUGCAAAAGACGAAGAUAAUUUAAUCUCUCAAAAAUUAACAAAACAAAGAACAUCAUUAAAUAAAUCUUUCAAAGGUAUAUCUAGUUCAGAGAAAAAACUUGAUGACACAACCGCAAGUACUACGAAGAAAAAAUUAUAUAAGAAGAAACAUUCCUUGGAUCAGUUGAAUGAAAGUACGGAUGAUAAUGCAACCGAAUCUGAUGAAAGGAAUGUAUCAAUUGAAGGUUGCAGUAAAAAGCGUGAAAAUACAUCAAAUCGGUCUAUGGAUCAGGAAACGAAGAAAACAAUACAGCUUUAUGAUGAUGAAAGUGAUAAUAGUGAUAUAAGUACAAACAUAGUAGCCGCGAAUCUUGGAUUUAAAAGUUAUUCUACAAUAGCAAAUAUGGGAUCGGAUAGCGAUGAUUUUAACAUUCCAAAUAUAUUUACACCAACAAAGAGUGAAAGCAGUAUUAACGCUAAUAGUAUUGAUUCUGAUAUUAACAGAGAAUACAACCUGGAUGGAACGGAAGUAAAACUUUCUGAUGAUAUAGCUGCUGAUGAAUGUAGAGCUUCAGAACUAGAAUUUUCAGAUUCUGAUGACAACGGUUCAGAUCUUGCAGGUUUUAUAGUUGAUGACAUUGAAACAGAAAAUGAGGAAGAAGAACAUGACAGUAAAGAAGAUAAUGACACUGAAGUAGAAAAUGAGGAAGCAGAAAAUGAUAACGAAGAAGAUAGUAAAGAUGUUGAUUAUGUUGUACAAAAGGAAAAAGUGGAAGAUGAAAAAGAGGAAGCGAAUUUUAACACGGAAUUAAAUAUCGAAAAUAAAAACGAAGACAACGAAGAUGUACAGAAAAAGGAUGCAACAGACAAAGACAGAAACGAAAAUACAUUCAUCUUAAUGGAAGCUGUUUCUUUAUACACCAAUACUUCUUCUAAACUGUCCAAAAUUGAUGAAAAUGAGAAAAAAUCUAUCGACCAUGUUUCACCUUAUAAAAGUGAGACAGAAACAACACAAAACGUAAAAAUGAAGAAAUCUAGUAUGAACAGAAAUGACGAAACUAUUUUAGAAGACUUGGUAAAUUCAGACUUGUCGAUUAAGAAGAAAAAGAAGAAGAAAUCCCUUAUGAAAGAAAAUGAAACUGUUUUAUCCGACACUUCUAACUUAAUUUCUUCAUCGUUUAAGAAGAAAAGAAUGCUGGAUCCACGAUAUUCAAAAGAUGUAGCUGAACAAAAUUUCAGUGAACAAUCAAAUGAAUUCAAAUCAUCUGCAAAAUCGUCGAAAUCACGCGUGUUAAUGGACUUUAGUACUCCAAAGCUUAACACCUGUAAGAAAUUAGAACUUGAUGAAACAUUUGAAACAACUCCGGAAAAUAAAUGUAAUAAAUCGAGCAAUAAGAUUAAAGCAACACAAGAUAUUUCAGUUAAGGAUGUAUCAAAAAAAAACCUUACAUUAAACGAAGACAUUAGUUUGAAGAAGUUGAACGAUUCAAAUAAAAAGAAGAUAUCAAGCAAUUUUUCAUCCAUCUUGUUGGAAAAGUUAGGAGAGACAAGUUGUUCAAAAUCAUCUAAGAUAGAAUUAAGUAAAACAAUGAGCAUAAAUAACGAAACACCAAGGUUAAAACAUCUUAAGAAAGAGAAGUUAAACGAAAGUGCACCAACUAAAUUAAAAUAUAAUACAGAAACCAAUUCAUCACAGAAAGAAUCAUCCGCAGAAAAAAAUAUUAAAGAAAUAAAAAUAAAAGAGAAAAAUAAAGCUGAAGUACCUGAUUCGAUAAUAUCAUCUAAUGAUAAUAUUAUACAAAGUUGUAAAAAAAAACAGAAAAAACGUAAGAGACAAGAAUUAUCAAAUAAAAAUAUCAACGAUGAAAUUUUGUCUGAAGACAUAACAGAAUUAAAUGUUCCUAAAAGGAAAAAAAUCAAGCUUAUUCAAUCAACUGUUGUAGAGGAUAAUAUCUGCAAAGAUACAUGUCAGAUUAAUAAGAAAAAGAAGAAAAAAGAUAAAAUAAAGAAAGAUCUUACUGAUAAAACUUUAUCUGAAAACGCUAUAGAAACAAAUAUUUCUAAAAAGAAGCCUGUCAAACUUGCUCAAUUAUCUAUAGAGGACAAUACUCGUGAGAUUACAAAACAAGAGGUAUUAAAGAAUCAUAUCAUUCGUGAAGUUUUGUUUAAAGAGUUAAUGAAAUUAAAGAGUUUAAAAAAGAAAAAACGUGAUAAACUUAUUCAGUUGCCCAUUGUAGAGGACAAUAUUCGCAAAGACGUAGGUCAGAUUAAUGAGAGAAAAAAGAAAAAGAAAAAACAGGAUACAUCAGAGGAAAGUGUUGUAAUGGUUAAACCUUUAUCUACAGAUGUUACAAAAAUAAAGAUUCCUAAAAAGAAGAAACUUGCUAAACUUACUCAAUUAUCCACAGAAGAUAAUAUUCGUGAAGAUACGUGUCAAAUUAAUAAAAAUGAUAAGAAAAAGAAACAAAUUAAGAUAGUUGAGAAUACAAAUGUAAACGAACAUAAUAUGCUUCAAAAUAUUCGCGAGAAGAGAACAGAGUUAUCACAACACAAAAAGAAAAAUAAAAUCAUUAAUAGUUCAGAAUUGAAUUUACUUACAGCUAAACAAGAACAGCAAGUAAAAAAGAAAAUUAAACAGCAAGAGACAGUGGAAAGUAUUGAAACUUUGCAAACAGAGAAAAAGAAGAAAAAAAAGAAGAAAGAAGAAGAAGAGAAAAAUACCUUGCCAGUAAAAAUUCCAGUUUCUAAAUUAAAAUCUAAACAAAUUUUAUUGCCUAAUAAAUUACGAUUAAAAAAAUCUGCAUUAGGUAUAAGCGAAUCAAAAAAUGUAUUCUGUAACACUAAAGAAUUAGAUAAAGCUAUUGAUGGUACAAAGAUGUGUAUUAAAGAAUCGAGGCCUAAGAAGAAACGCAAUCGAAGUGAAGAUGUCGAAAAUGCCCUUUAUAUGAAUGUGCCCACGAAGAAACCAAAAAGAGAAGUCAAAGAAGAAAGUAAAUCGUUACCAAGCGGUCUGAACCGACUUCCAGACGAUGUAAUUGAGAAUCUUGCGGAUGUGCCAAUGAAAGUGAAAAAAAGACAGAAAACUUUGCGAAACAAGAAAAAAAUUGUAUCGUCAACAACGACGAGUAAAUCAAAGGCGACGACCGCUGAUUGCGACAACACGUUGAAUACUUCUGAUUACACGACACAAUUUCAUAUAGUAAACUUGAAGGAGACUAAGAAACAAUCGUUGAAAGGAGCUGCCGCUGCAAUUUCGUUCAGGCAACGUGUUCUCAAUAAAAAUAACAGAGAACCAAUUUCAAGUUAUAUGAUGUUUCGCGAGAAAAUGAGUCAUGCCAAAUAA